CGCCCGGGCCUGAGCGCCCAGCGCCCUCCCGCGGGGCCGCCCGCCAGUCCGCGCGGUCCGCGGGUGCGCGGACCCCGCGCCUCUCCGCUCCCCGACGCCCGGGGGCCGCCACCUCUCCAGCCUCCUCCCUGCGCCGAAUUGCUGGGGAGCCCGGCGACAGGGGGCGCCAAGGAGCCAGGGGGAAAACCGUGAGGCGCCGGCGGGAGAGCCUGCAGGCGGUGCUACCCCCCACCUCCACCUCCACCUCCACCUCCACCUCCCCGCGCCCCGCCCCGAGGUUGGGGCUUUGGAGGAUGCAGCCGGGAAAAGCGUUAAUUUGGGGGCUACAUCCAGAAUAGCAUCAUCUACAUGAGUAUUCCCUCUUCCUACAAUUUCAGAAAAUCUUUGAUAACUACUUGAGAAAAUGCAGAAGAUCUUGCAAACAGAUGACAUUACCAAUACCCAAGCUCUUAGAAAAGGAAAGAGGAAAAGGACAGAGACAAUGGACUCAGAGAAUGCAAAUAGUGACAUGGAUAAAGGACAGGUCUCACUGAUGUCCUCCACUCUUUUCUCAAGUCCAAGAGACCCAUUUUCAGGAAAUGCCUUUCUGCCUGGUGAGAGCUCCAGUGAGGAUGAAGAGCCUUUAGCAGACUUGUCAAAGGAGGAAUUGUGCAUGAAAAUAAAAAGCCUGAAACAAAAAUUAACAAACACCCGGAAAGAAAACAGCCGACUUCGACAGUCUUUGGUCAUGCUUCAAGUGUUACCACAGGCGGUCACGCAGUUUGAAGAAUUAGUUGGUAUGGCAGAGGCCCUGCUUAAGGGUGGAGGAACCAUGUCCACAUCUGCAUCCACCCUCUGGAGGGCAACAAACAACUCCUCACCAGACUCAUUUGCCACAACGUGCAGUAAUUCUAACUCUAAUUCCAGUUCACCUAUUUCCUUGAAAGCUGAAGAAGAGCAUCAUACUGAUGAAAAACAGUUCAAGAUUGAAAAAUGGCAGAUUUCCCGCUGUAACAAGAGCAAGCCUCAGAAGUUUAUUAAUGAUUUAAUGCAAGUACUUUACACAAAUGAAUACAUGGCCACACACAGCCUGACAGGAGCAAAGUCCUCUACUUCGAGGGACAAAGCCGUAAAACCAGCUAUGAAUCAGAAUGAAGUUCAAGAAAUUAUAGGAGUCACAAAACAGUUAUUUCCCAACACAGAUGAUGUUUCAAUUAGGAGAAUGAUAGGGCAAAAGCUAAACAACUGUACCAAGAAGCCAAAUUUAAGCAAAAAUCUGAACUCUCAGGAUAUUAAGUAGAUCCCUUUGGUGUUGUAGAUAUCUGAAAUAAAACACUUCAGUUCUGAAUCUGACAUUGGAUUUUGCUGGAGACUCUGCAGUGAGCACAGACAUACAUAGUGACAGGCUGUGAGACAUCCGUCAUAACGCUGACUCUUGAUGGAGCAACAAGCUUGCUGAAGAAGCUGCAUGUCGAUUCCACCUUAAAUAUCAGUGAUGCAUCAAACCGGAGAAUUUCUAACAGUCAAAUAAGUAUGCAAUAUGCUUUCUUAGAAAUAUGCAUUUUCCUGUCCCCAAAUGCUUCUCUGUAAGCUAACUUAACACAAUAGAGCUUUUAUCAUAGCAACAAAAACUUCAACUCCUAAGAUUUGUCAUUGUCCUGGAUCAAUCACUGUACAUUUAUUAUCACCAAUGACUCCCCAUUUUAGUUUUUGGAUCUUCAGCAUAAACACAUAUUUGGGAAAGUAAGUAGUGAAAUAAUCAAUGUUCAUGAAUGUGAGGGCGGCAAAAUUGGCUUAAAAUCUGAUAAUCAUACCUAACCAAGUAAUGGUGUCUUCACAAUGAAAUUACAGAAUUAUUCUGUUACCUAAAAAUAAUCCAAAAGAAGUGAAAGCAGAAAGACCUGUUUAUUUUAAUGUGAAACUAUUCCACUGCACUCUUGCAAAAGAAAUAAACCCAAGGUUUUGUGAGUGUUAAAACAAUGCAUCGAUUUGAAAUUUUUUUUCUGUGUGUUUACAUGCUUUUAACUUUUUAUUGCCCACAUACAUUAAAUAUAUAUGUGUAACAUAAAACAUAAAUAUCAUCUAAAAUAUCCUAUGUAAGAUAUAACAUCCUCUGUAUUUGGUUAGUUUUAUUGCUAUACUGCUUAGUUUUAACUGGUUUGAUUUCAUAAUAUCAGAAGAAAAAAGUAUUGAAAACUAAAUCACAUGGGUUGGAUAAUCACACAAAAAGAAAAAUACCAUUUUGUAAAAAAAAAAAAAAAAGAAAGAAAACAUUUUGUGAAUGAAUGAAAGAUAAAGCAUUCUUCAUCAAGAGGCUUCUCCUUUGAUGUCAGCUUGCCACACAUGACAACUUUGCAAUAACAAGCCAUGCUUCUUCAGUGUACAAGGUUAUGUUUAAACUUGGGAAAGAGGUCGCAUAUAAUAGUUGGAAAGUUCAGAACUGCAGGCCCAGAGAACAUUCCAUAAUGCUGCUCAAUAACAAUGUGGUCAUACAAAAUAAAUACGAUUAAGGAAAUAACUUCUGUUAACAUUUGCUACUUUUACUUAAAUAUAAAUAAAUCCCAUUGAAAACAUGAGAAGUAUUUGCUCAUUUCUUAUUAAUGUAUAAAAUCUAGGGGGAAAAAAUCCUUUUCUGGGCUGAUUGCUUCUCUACUGACACACAUUAAGGCAUUACUAUUAUAAUUGCUUAUGUGGCUCUAACUUGUUUGUCUUCUAAAGAGCCACACUCUGUAUGUAUUAUAGAGACAAUAACCAGAUUAAACAUGCAUGCUAUCUAUGUAGGAUAUAUACACACUAUCCAGGAACAUUAACAUUUUUAUUGAAGAAUGAUUUUACUGGGAUACAUGUUAUUUCCUUUAAAAAAACAACUUCAUAGUAUGUUUUCCCUACUAAAUGUAAAAUGCCUUUGCAAAACAUAACUAUUAUUCAACUAGAAUUCUGUAGUCCUUCCUUAUUUUUAGAUGUGUUAAUAUUCUUAUGGAUAAUAGAAUAUACAUAUUGUUUCUAAUUGAGCUUCAUAUAUUGAUUCUAAAUGAGUUACAAAUAAGAAAACUAAUGAGACUGAAUACAGUGCCCAGAAAGCAAUUGAUAUAUAUGCAUGUGUGUAUAUAUAUGCAUGUAUUAUAUAUUCACAUACAUGUAAAUUUGGAAUAUGAUUAAAGUAGAACCUCUCAUAAGUAGGGAAAGGAAGGUUUAUUCAAUAAAUGAUCCUGAAGUAAAUGGUGAAUGUAAAAUAAUUAUGUUCCCACUUCAAACUAUAUUCCAUAAAGAAUGCAAGAUUAAUAAAAUGUAAAAAUUGGACCGAACGUAUAAAAGACACAAAUAUUUUUUAUGUUAUCUGAAAGAGAAGGACUUUCUAAAUCUGCAAUUAACAAAAGUGUCAAAGAAAAACUUACUAAUGUAUGAGUUCUUAUAUGUAUGUCCGCAGUCUUCCUAUAUGGAGAUGAUAGUUUCAUUAAGAUGUUUACCUAGUAGAUGGAACUCUUAAAAAAAAAAUCUUUUUUUAACCUUGUAAUGAAAUAUGUGGUCAGUAUUUUUAUCUGUUCUAUGACAUCAUUUUUAUUUUUCUCAUUAGUAUUAUUCAUGCGAUCAUCCUUCUUAUAGCUCUUUUCACAUUUUUUCUUAUAAAA